AUGACGCUGCAUGACGAGAGUUCUCAGGAACUGGAAGAGAUUCCCCGGGAGACAUGGACAUGGUCUGCUGUCGAGAGCCUCCCUAAACUCACAGGACCAACUGUCCUGAAUCUUAUACGCAUUCACUAUAUCUCUUCUCCCACCACCAUCCUCAAGUUCGGCGCUUGCCCGAGUGAGGGCAUCAUGACCGUGCUCGCCCGUUCUAUCGUGGGCCCUUCUGUUCCUCAUGUCGACUGCAUCAUCACGGUUCCACCCAAGCAGCCACAUUUAGAAUCGUGGGAUGGCAUCGUUAUGUCUCGCCAGCCUGGCAUGCCACUGAUCGAAGUCUGGCCGUCACUCUCCCCUUCGCAACGCAGGACCAUCAAGGAGGAGAUCUGUCAGAUGAUAGUGCGUAUGCGGAAGCGCCAGUUUUCCUACUACGGCCGUCCUGGGAGAAAGCCGUACGUCCUCUUUGGUUCAUACCGUAAAGAGGAACACCCCUUCUGUGCUUCUCGCUCGGAGUGGGAUGACUCGCGUAUCAAGGCAAUGCGAGCUUCUGAAGACUUAGAAUUGGAUCGUGUGCCCAGCCUCGAGAAAAUACAGCGUGAUACCACUGGCCCGGACGGCUGGGAUCGGCCUGUCCUUACGCAUGGGGACAUAUCUGACAGGAACAUCCUCGUUGACCCUCAAACGCUAGCGGUAACGGGAUUUCUGGACUGGGAGGUGUCCAAUAUCAUGCCUGCGUACUUUGAUUAUGUUAACGCACGGCUGUCUGGAGGUCAUGACCCUGGGUGGAGGGUCGAGCUAUUAGAUAUAAUGAGGUCUGUUCUGCGCCGUGAGUGCAACGCUGUCAAUGCCGAUAAGGGAGAGGAGUUGUAUAACAAGACGCUGGCGGCAUGGGAUGAGAUCGUCAAGAUCGAGAGGUUCGCGCAGCAGUAUAGUGAUGACUGUUACUGGACUUUCGAAACAGGCCUUCCUGCUUCUGAGAAGACUGAUUCUGCCUUGUAG